GGGAGUUCAAAGGUGAUGUAAUAUUCAAAAUGGCGACGGCCAUGCAGCUGCGAUCAGUGGCGAGAAGUUUGCUUUUACCGAGACUGAGUGCUUCUAGAUUGCUUAGAAAUAACAAUCAAAGAAUUCAGUGGCAAUCAACAGAGACACAGGAAGCUAGCAAGUCAGAUGCAAAGGUGACAGAGAAGAGUGCACCGACAGAGGGCGGCAAAGCAGAGGAGAAAACAGACUUAAGUGCGGCGGAGAAGACCCUCAAGGAGGAGAAGGAGAAACUUCAGGCACAGAUUGCUGAAAUCACAGAUAAGUAUAAGCGAGCGCUUGCAGAGACAGAAAAUGUCCGGACGAGAUACAAGCGGCAGCUGGACGACAGCAAGCUGUAUGCCAUCCAGGGCUUCUGCAAGGACCUGCUGGAGGUGUCGGACAUCCUGGACAAGGCCAUGGGCAGCGUGCCUGAGGAAGAGCUGAAGCGGAAGGAAAAUGAGUCACUGCGGAGCCUGUACCAGGGCCUGCAGAUGACAGGAACAGAGCUGCAGAAGGUAUUUAACAAGCACAAUCUUCAUCGGAUUGAUCCUCUGGGGCAGAAGUUUGACCCGAACCUCCACGAGGCUAUGUUUGAGGUCCCUGCCGAGGAAGGAAAGAACCCCAGCGACGUUGCUGUGGUGACCAAAAUCGGCUACCGGCUCCACAGUCGGACAUUACGACCGGCCCUGGUUGGCGUGGUGAAAGCCUCAUGAUGCGUGUCCGAGCUGUUAGAUAAUGACUAUUUAAAACCAGGGGUGGUUCCGUGCUUGUUUCGAGGGGACAGAUUGCAGAUGACUGCCACUUUUCUGUUUUGUUGUCACGCUGCUGUGACCGAGUCGGGUCUUCGCGGAGAGGUUUUGGACAUCUUGUAAUAGAAGCAACAGUGAACCUUUCUUACACAUGCAUAAUCUCGCCCCUCUUUGUAGCUCUUAUGAUAAACACAGGUCAUCACUUUAGAAAUGUCCUUGGGAACUGAAACAAAGUUCAUUAUUCACAGUUUGGAAAUAAUUUUGCUUCAGUAAUGCUCUCAUACAGGCUAGUUUUAAAAAAGGGACAAGAAACAAGCAUUUUAAUAAUUCAGAUUAAAGGCAAUUGGGUACCAUUUACAGAUUUGUAAGUCACACGAGUUAGAAAUAGUACAUUUGUCAAGUACUCACCUGACAUAGCCCACUUCUACAUCAGUGAAAUUUGGAGAAAAUGGAUUUUAAGGUGCCCUAGUUUCAGUUUGCACCUUGCAGUUACCAAAAACCUCAAAGGAGUUUUGGCAGGUUGCCAGGGAGAUAUUUCCCUCGGUAUUCAAAGGGGCACCGCAGAACGGUGCGUGCAUGCAUGAUCUGGUUCUUGUGGUGUUGACAUAUCAUUUGUCUUUUCAUGACAAAAUUCUCAACCGCGGCAAAAAAAGGUGCAUGUUUGGGAAUGUCAGUUAUUAAAGAGAACAAGAAUAAAGACAUCAUUUAAAAGCA